AUGGCUGCCCCCAGAGCCAGUGGGACCGAUCCCUGCAGAGGAUGCUGGAGAAUUUCAAAUCCGCUUUCCCGGGGACCAUCUCUUGCCACCGGGAGGCGGACUGCUCCGCCAGGCGGCCCCGGGCGCAGCCUCACGUGCCCAUGCUACUGCCGAAGGACAUUCCGGGAGAGCAAGAAGAACAAGUCCAAAUUUGGGGGGGGAUCUGGCUCCCACCAUUCCGAAACUCUGGGUGGAGUGCCUUUCAAGGUCACCCUCGCUUGGGGAGACGUUGUCAUGAUGGCCGCCACCCACCUUGCCAGCGACAUGAUACCGCUUCCUGACCAGCCAGCCCUAAUAACGACAUCAGCACUGGCAUGGUUCAUGGUCGCACUCCUGAAGGGGGAUUACGCAGCGGGUGGAGAGAACCAGCCCAGCUCACUCGCCGUGGGCAUGGGGCUGGACUUGUUGAACCAGCUGACAAGGGUCAUGUUGACGUGGCUGCUGUUUGUGCCCACUGCGUUUGUGUGCUACGGUUGGCUCGUGCCGCAGCACCUUGUUGAUGCGACGGUCGUACUGGGCAAGGUCCCAGGCAGGCAGUUGUCGGCUGAGCUGGAGGUUUUGCUGGCGGCCUUGAUAACGUUGACUUGCUGGCGAGGAAUUUAUGCACGGAUUCGCUGGAGAUAG